UGAGAGCUAAAUAUCUGACAAAGUGGAUUGGUUUCUUUCAGCUUCGUGCAUCGUACUGCUAAUAAAUUUGCUGAUUGGUUGUAGUUUAUUAUGUUAUCAAGUGUCGAUGGAAUGGAUUGACCAUGGUUUCUUGUGUUGUAUUGAUUAGCUUCUUGCAAAUUCCUUUUUUGACACUUGCUCUUAAAUAGUGUGCCUUCACAUGACAGGUUGUUUUUGGAAACACUAAUGUUGUUGCGUCAUUUUAAAGAAACUUUCCAUUUCAAGUCUAGCUCAUUUCUUUGUUUAGUCUACUUAAGCUAAACUGAUGUUUAUUUCUUUACUUCUGUCCUUUUCAGGUUUAUGAAUAUUAGCUGAGCUCAUUUCUGGUUCUUUGUUAUUUAGACGUUUAUCUGUUAUUCUCUUCUUUACAAGCUGUUACAAUUCUGGUUCCUUACAUGGUGUUGUUUUUGCAGGAACUGGGGUUAAAUAUCGGAAAAUUGAUAUAUAGCAUCAUAUAUUUUGUAUUUAAAUACUCUGUGUUUUCUUAAUAAGGAUAAGGAUUUAAUCAGUGAUAAUAGAAAGGAGUGUCUGAUCGUUUUACUAAUAUUCUUGUUUAAUUCACGCAGGAAAAAACAGUUCACCAAAUAUGUGUUUCAGAACUCAAAAUUCUUAAAAUGGUGCAUGUUAUGUUCAAGAGAUGCCUACCAGCCGAAGUCGAGACCUCUUCAUCCAGGGCACACUAUGUUUUCCUCCUACAUUAUUCUACAUCAUCUCCCUAAUCUGUUAACAGAGAACCUGUGACAACUUAAUUGUUUCGGCAAAGUAGUUGAACUGAUGCGCAACUACUUACUACCUACCCAUCUUAAAGAUACUCAGGAUCUUCAGGAUAAUAGAGUUUGCUUCUGUUAAAUUGGAAGUUGUGCAAAUCAGAGAUGCGAGGCUGUGAUUUCUAUUUCUAGAUCAAUCCUCUGAGUCAUAUUCAAUGUACUCAAGAAGCUUGAAGUUUCAUCAUAACCAACAACUGUCCACAUACAAUAUGGCCUGGCACACUUGCGGGUUCAGGAACUCCCCCGCUACCCACAACUGGAUUUCAGCUGAACUCCGGCCAGAGUGUUAGCAUCCCAUGUACUCCAAAGUGGUCGGGCCGCAUUUGGGCCAGAACCGGAUGUACCUUUGGCGCAAAUGGUGUUGGCUCUUGUCAAACUGGGGAUUGUGGUGGAAAACUUGAAUGCAGUGGCGCAGGGGCCGCACCUCCUACAUCCCUCUUUGAGAUCACUCUUGGAGAUGAGAAAGACUUCUAUGAUAUAAGCAUGGUCGAUGGUUACAACCUGCCUAUGAUUGUUUUCGCUCAAGGGGUGUCCGGACCAUGCAACGCCACUGGUUGCAUUUCUGAUCUCAACAUGGGUUGUCCAAAAGAACUUCAACAGAUUGGGACAGACGGGGCUGUAAUUGGGUGCAAGAGCGCAUGUUUGGCAUUUGGAUUAGAGCAGUUUUGCUGCAGCGGAGCUCAUGGCAAUCCAUCAACUUGUCAACCAUCAUACUAUUCUAAAAUCUUCAAGAGAGCUUGUCCCACUGCAUACAGUUAUGCAUAUGAUGAUGCAACCAGCACCUUUACCUGCAAGUCUGAAGCAUAUCACAUCGUCUUUUGUCCCAACACAGGCAACAAUGCUGCUGGACCUCCACUUCCACCACCGCCGCUUCUGCCUCUGCCUCCCCUUAACGGUGGUGGAGUUGUAAUGCCACCUCCACCUAACGGCGGUGGAGUUGUAAUGCCGCCUCCACUUAAUGGCGGUGGAGUUGUAAUGCCCCCUCCGGUGCCACAUACGCCGCCACCUCCUCCAGCUUUUGGCGGUGCAGUUGCCCCACCACCACCGCCACUUUUUGGUGGUGAAGGUGCUCCACCACCUCCACUUUUUGGCCCUGGAGUUGCUAUGCCUCCUCCACCAGCUUCUCCAACUGUUACACCUCCGCCCUAUGAAGAAAGUAAGAGCUACAUAUCUGGAGGGAUGGUUUCAUCUCCAAAAAAGAGUUUGCCCUUUCCAACACUGGUUGCCAUUUUAAUGUUUUCAUUAUUUCUGCGGAUAUAGAGACUUUUCGGACGAAACAGUUUUCAGUUGUGGCAUAUGAAAGCCAUUACUGUACAAAAGUUUAAAUGAAGUAACACUAAAGGGUAAUAUUAUAGUUCAUGAAUUUACAAGGUACUCCAUAUAUUAUUGUUGUUCUUGCUACUGCUCCGA